AUGAGGCUGCUGUGAGGACGAUGGUGCCGGCACCAUCAUCCGAAAACCUCUACAAGCACGAGGCCAUGGGCCAGCUGGGUGGUGACCUUUUAAUGAAUCUGGAUGAAGCUUCUGUGCCUCUACUCAAAUGGAUAAAAAAUGAUCCUGAUGAGGCUGCUGUGAAGAUGAUGGUGCCGCCACCAUCUUCUGAAAACCUCCUCAAGCACAAGGCCACGGGCCAGCUGGGUGGUAUCCUUUUUAAGCAGACUGAAACUGCUAAGCCUUCAUUGGUCAAAAGGAUUGCAACUGCUGCUGAUGAGGCAUCUGCAGAGGCUGCCACCAAGUUACUGCCAGCCCCACCUUCUGGAUGCUUAUAUAAGCUCAAGUCCAAGGACCAGCCGGGCCGUAACCAUCCAAGGCGACUGAGGCUUCCCCUUCUCGAUUCUGCCAUCCCCUGGGCUCUACACGUCGCGGUGCAUCUCCCAGACCCCUCGCCGGACUCCGGGGUGGUCUCACUCAACGGCACGGUGACGAACUCCGGCGACAUGAACUGGUUGAUUGCGGGAGUUACACAGAGAUUGAGAGAGUUUGAGAGGGUGCUGGAGGUUUAG